AUGUGCUCAGCAUUAAACUUUUGCACUGAGGAAGGUACAGUUGUAGAAAUCUUUCUAGAAGGACCCAGCUGCCAUUUAUCAAUGCCGUACUUUUGGAGCAAGGUUCGAGCAAUGCUACGCCGAAAUUCUACUGUCUACAUCAUUGCGCAUUUGCCAGAAAAUUAUGGGGAUAUACCACUUCUUGCCUCUAAUUGCAAUCCUGGCCACAACAGAAAUAUGGUGUACCAGGACAUAUCAAUAGCACAAAAACCUUUUGUUUGGAGAACUCUUCAGGAACAUAAUGAUACAAAUAACUUGAUAACUUGCAGAAACUCUGUACAGGGAAAGUCAAUCAUUGUAGAUGACAGAGGUUACGUAUGUAGGCGGAAGGAUCUAUUUAAAACUGGCUGUUGCAAUACAGAAGCUGAGGAUACAACUAGAUACAGCUGUGAAACUUGUAAAGAUAACAAUUGUUGUAUUAUUUACGAAUACUGUGUCUCAUGUUGCUUAGAUCCUAGCAAGAGAGACAUGCUGGAAUUAGUUUUGUCGAAACUUUCUGCAGAAGAGAAUGUGUUAUUUCGCUCAUUAACCGACGACUAUGAGCUGUGCCUGGCUAAAUGCCGCACUAGUUCGCACAGUGUGUUGCAUGAGAACUCAUACAGAGAUCCGGCGCACAAACAUUGUUUUGGUGACGAACCGCCGGGAACUAGGACACCUGAUUAG